AAUAUGAUUUUAGGUUAUAAUUCAGUUACACGAUGGAAUACCGUGGAAGAGGGUCGAAAAAUUCUUCAUAUAAGCCUAGAGGUGCUGGUAAAUCAGAAAAUCAUAUGAAACGUAAAUCUUAUGAUCAAACAAAUGAGCGAGGCCCAGCAAGUGAGGGUUCAUCUUCUGUAAAUCAUGAGGCUACACCUCCUACACAAAGACCAGAUGUUGAUUAUAGAUCAACAAAAUCUGGUCGUGACAGCUUCUCGAAUAGAAGUGACCAACGAAAUUCCAAUAAGGGAAAUCAGCGUGGAUCGCACAGGUUCUCUAUGCAAAAUCGCCACCCUGAUGGAAAACAUUCAAAUCAAUUCUCCGAAAUGAACGAGUGUGAUCAGACGGUAAAAAGAACUAUGAAAUCGUCCCUUAAUGCCCAGUCUGCUGAAUUUACCCCUAGAGUGGCUACUCGGGAUUUACAGAAAUCAUCUGAUCCUUCUCUUGCAUCCCAACAAAAUUCCAUUCAAACGGGAUCAGGAACAUGGCUUCGUACUGAUAUUUCUUCUGUUUCUGAAGUUUCGUGUCAGAAUGAUCUAGGAACAACGAAAGAUGCUGCUGUAACUGGAAAAAAAUUCUGUAUCACUGAGGUCGAAAAUGAUUUGUUCAAUGCCCCUACUAAUGUUUCAUUGGUCCACUGUGUUGGAGCAGAUUUUAGAAUGGGUUCUGGAAUUGCCGUACAAUUCCAUGAGAAAUUUAGAUCGAUUGGUAAAUUACUCGAUCAAAGAGUAAAACCAGGUGGCGUAGCCUAUCUUAAAGUUCUUGAUAGAUAUGUGUUUUACUUAGUAACAAAACAAGCAAGUACAGAUAAACCUACCAUGGACACAAUGAAACAGAGUCUAUUUGCACUGCGUCAAAGAUGUAUAGAACUCAAAGUCACGGAAAUUGCAAUGCCUCGAAUUGGAUGUGGCUUGGAUGAACUUCAGUGGAAGGACAUAAAAUCUAUUGUGGAAGAAAUUUUUGAAAAUGGCUUUGUUAUAACUGUUUACCAUUUAGAGAUGGAUGAUAUUAACGAAGCUAAAUCUGGUUUUAAGUCCAGAGUAAAAAAUGAAGGAUUACAGCUGAAGGAUAUAGAGCAAAACACAGGGCUGCUUUACAUUGGUUGUGAACGGCCAUAUGUAUCUGAGGAGAUGAUAUCAUUAAAUGAGAAAUAUCCCUUCUUACGUCGUUUGUCACGAUCUUCAUAUGAGCUUGGAAGCGUAUAUCGCACUGAACUUUAUUCAAAAGAUGUAGUUUACGGUUUGAUUUGCAAGAAGGCUGAAAACACUCCUGUAAGUUUUACACAUCUGGAAGCAGCUAUCCAACAUCUGAAAAAGCUCAAUUACAAGGAUAAGUAUGAAUAUUUUGGGUUGCAAGCUUUUGAAGAUUGUGAUGAUCCUUGCAUAAUGGCAAAAAUAGAAACCCUGCUCAGAAAUUCGUCAAUAGACGCAGAAUUCUGGAUUUGUUGGCCACCUUCAUUAGAAUGUAUGCAUCCAUCCAAAUCGGGAAAAAAAGACGAGGAUACGCAAGUUGAAAGCUGUCUUGACUCUACUGAAGCACAACAACCAUCUUCUCUCCCUCUAUCAAACUUUGAUAAGAAAACCAAGGGGAGGAAAAAUGGAAACAUCUCACAAAGAGUUGAAGAUAAACGAGGUGGUAAACAUAAAAAUUCUAAAGCAGAAAAUCAAGAUAUAAGUACAGUUCAACAAAAGAUGGCUGCACAAUCGUUGAGUGAAGAAACCAAUUCAGAAAAGUCAAAGCUGGAUCUCACUCCUCCCAAUGCUUUGAACGAAACUCCAAACACUGAUGAACAUGAACUUCAAUCAGCGGAAUUAUCUGAGCAGAAUGAUAAUCCACUCAAUGAUACUUCUCAUAAUGACAAUCACGGUGACUGGUGGGAUCUGGAGAUUAGUCCAAAUAAAAUCGGCGAUCACGAUUCAUAUGCUGAAGCUGAAAGAAGAAAAAGUAGAGAAAAGGAAGAAGCAAAUCGUCUUAUAAGACAAAAAGAAAAGUUGCAAAGAAAAAACGAGAAGCCGAAAUCAUGUGUUACUGAGUGUAAAGGUGAUCUAUUUGAUGCUGAGGAGACUGUGAGUCUGGCUCAUUGCGUCGGAGCUGAUUUCCGGAUGGGUUCAGGAAUUGCUGUACUUUUUAGGCAAAAAUUCCAAUCUGUAGGGGACCUUCUUGACCAAAGAGCGAGUCAGGGCGACGUAGCCUAUAUUCAAAAUGGUGCAAGAUAUAUAUUUUACUUGGUAACUAAGAGUGAAAGUACUGGGAAGCCAACAUAUGGUACACUGAAACGAAGUUUACAUGCAUUACACGCCAAAUGCAAAGAGUUAAAUGUCACCGACUUGGCUAUGCCCCGAAUUGGUUGUGGGCUGGAUCGCCUUUCUUGGGAUCAAGUAAAACCAAUGAUAGAAGAAAUCUUUGCUGAUGGUUUUAAUAUAAAAAUUUACAAUUUAGAAAAGCCAAUGAACAACAGUCCUAACACUUCACGUGGCAGCAGAGUUUCGUGGGGUGAAACGGAUAAUCGCCGAUCACUCGGUAUGUCGAACGAAAUCCAACGAAUGCUGGCAUCCUUGGAACAAAAAAUAUGUGAUCAGACUUCAGCACACCAUGAAUUAAAGCAAGAUUUUCAAAAAAUUUCAACCACAGUCGAUGCUUUUUGCGAGGAGCAUAAGUCCUUCCACGAAUAUCGUGAAAAACUUGAAGGAAAAUUGGCGGCUUUGGAGGCUGAUAAUAAAUCCUUCCACGAACAUUGUCAAAAACUUGAAAGAAGACUGGCGGCUCUGGAGUCUAGAAAUUCCGAUUACGAAGCGAGACUCCCACAAGCAAUGAUUUCUGGCAACCCUAUCUACAAUCCUCGAUCUGAUUAUAUAGAUCCUAUCUACAAGAAAAACGAUUGUCAUUUACGUUCACAUUAUCAGAAUGGGCCACCUCCACUUGUAUCGAAUACAGUUUCACCGCAGCUCUUUCCUAGUCCCCGUUUUUGCUACCCCCACGUAGGAAUGCACCUAGUUCCGAUGGAAAAUGAUGUGUAUGCGAAUCAAGAGUGCGUAAACGCUCAAUCGAUAUCCACACCGAAGAUAUUCGCCGCUAAUAAUCUACCAGGUGAAAGACUGGCACUUCUGCAUCGUACGCAAGAUUUUGUGCGUAGAAUGGGAUACGCAUCUGUAACGGAGGAUUUCAAUGGUACUAUUUACGUAAAAAAGGAUGACCAUUCGAAACCUCUGCCAAUCCGCGGAUAUGGAGAUUUAAAUAAUCUCGAGAAUCCGCAAGUUUAACGUUUUGCUUUUGGGUAAUUAAUUCUGUCAAAAGAUACGCUGUCGUAUUAAUUGUCGUUCCAUGUACUAAUACAUUAACACAAACUUGUUGCGUUAUUCAAUUUGUCAGAAGAACUUGAAACAUAACAAGUCUUGUU